GGCAGCGGCGGCGCCUCUGCAGAAAGGCUUUGGGGGAAGGUCUCUAUAGUAACGGCGGCGGCGGCUGCCGAGCGGCAGCUUUACUCUGGGGAAGGGGGGACUCAGCCCCCGCCUCGGUUGCCAAAGGAUUGUUCUUUUCCUUUGCCCGUUUCGCGUGGUUUUUAGCCGUGCUGCCACCUCACAUGGUAUCGGAGGCAGGGAUGGGCAGUGCCCCGGCUCCUGAAAGCCCAGAUACUGAGGGGCCAAGUAAUAAUAACAGCGACGGUACCAAAUGACAAUAAUAAUCAACGCGAAAGAGGGACGCCUGGGGUUGCUGCCGCCCCGGGGAGCCCCCGCGCAUUCCGGGGGCUCCCUGGCUGCCCGGUGCAGCCGGGGCUCAGACCUGCCCCGGGCGCUGUCCUGCUUCCCAGGCUCGUCAGCCUCGAUUUUCGCCGGGAAUGUGCCUCUCUGGGCCUUCCCUCGUGCUGACGACUUUCAUCUGCAGGUGGGCUUUUAUAAGUAUUUGACUCCGCUCAAAAUGUGCAAAGAGGAAUAAUGGAAGCACCCGAAUACCUUGAUUUGGAUGAGAUUGACUUCAGUGAUGAUAUAUCUUACUCAGUCACGUCGCUGAAGACCAUCCCGGAGCUGUGCCGAAGAUGUGAUUCACAGAGCGAGGACAGAUCAGUUUCUAGCUCGAGCUGGAAUUGCAGUGUGUCAGCUCUCAUUACGAACACACAAAAGCCCACAGGAAUCGCGGAUGUGUACGGUAAAUUCCGCCCCGUGAAGCGAGUUUCCCCGCUGAAACAUCAGCCAGAGACUCUGGAGAACAAUGAAAGUGAUGACCAGAAGAACCAGAAGGUGGAGUACCAGAAAGGGAGUGAUUCCGACCCGGGCCCCCAACCCGAGGAGCUCAGCCCUGGAGAUGGAGACGGUGGUCCCCAAAGUAAGAGCACCGAGCCCAGCACGCUGCUGGGGGAGCUGGAGCAUUAUGACCUUGACAUGGAUGAGAUUCUCGACGUGCCUUACAUUAAAUCCAGUCAACAGCUUGCCUCUUUCACCAAGGUGACUCCAGAGAAGAGAAUCCUGGGUUUGUGCACCACCAUCAAUGGCCUUUCUGGCAAAGCCUGCUCUCCGGGAAGCGCUGAGAACUCGCCAGCCGCCAUGACACCUUUCUGCGUUCUUUCGCCUGUGAAAAGCCCUCACCUGAGAAAAGCGUCCUCUGUCGUCCGGGAGCAGCAGAAGCUCUCGGCUGAAGAGUCUGAGAGCUCACCGCCUCUGGUGAAGUGUGGCUCUGCAUAUGAGCCCGAGAACCAGACUAAGGACUUCCUCAACAAGACCUUUAAUGAGCCUCCAGGUCGAAAACGCGAGAAGGCAAUGCCGGACUGCCAGCUCAGGGCCUUCCAUCCGCAGUCCUCGGCCACAGACCCCAAACUAGAGGAGCAGGUCGGGGGCGUGACCUGGACCAGCCCCCAAGGCCCGGAAGAAAGGAGUGAGUAUCUGAAAAAAGUGAAAAGCAUCUUGAACAUCGUUAAGGAAGGACAGAUCUCCCUCCUGCCACACCUUGCUGCCGACAACCUAGACAAAAUUCACGACGAAAAUGGCAACAAUCUCUUACAUGUGGCCGCGUCGCAGGGACACGCUGAGUGUCUGCAGCACCUCACCUCUUUGAUGGGAGAAGACUGCCUCAGUGAGCGAAACGCAGAGAAGUUGACUCCAGCAGGCCUGGCCAUCAAGAAUGGUCAGUUGGAGUGCGUCCGUUGGAUGGUGAGCGAAACCGAAGCCAUCGCGGAGCUGAGUUGUUCUAAGGAUUUCCCAAGCCUUAUUCAUUAUGCAGGUUGCUUUGGCCAGGAAAAAAUUCUUCUUUGGCUUCUUCAGUUUAUGCAAGAACAGGGCAUCUCACUGGAUGAAGUGGACCAAGAUGGCAACAGUGCCGUCCACGUGGCCUCCCAGCACGGCUACCUCGGGUGCAUCCAGACCUUGGUUGAAUAUGGAGCAAAUGUCACCAUGCAGAACCAUGCGGGGGAAAAGCCGUCCCAGAGCGCCGAGCGCCACGGGCAUACACUGUGCUCCCGGUACCUGGUGGUGGUGGAGACCUGCAUGUCGCUGGCCUCUCAGGUGGUGAAGCUAACCAAACAGCUGAAGGAACAGACAAUGGAACGCGUCACGCUACAGAACCAGCUUCAGCAACUUCUAGAAGCCCAGAAGUCAGAGUCACUCGUUUCUUCGCCCAGUUCGCCGUCCUCCCCAGCUUCCAGAAGGUCCCAGUGGAAAUCUCCAGAUGCGGACGAUGAGUCUGUAGCCAAAAGCAAACCUGGAGUCCAAGAGGGGAUUCAGGUUCUCGGAAGCCUGUCAGCAUCUGGCCGGGCCAGGGCCAAAGCAAAAGACGAAGAUUCAGACAAAAUCCUACGCCAGUUACUGGGGAAAGAUAUCUCAGAGAGCGUCUGCACCCAGGAAAAGUUGUCCUUGGAAUUCCAGGACGCUCAGGCUUCCUCUCGAAAUGGCAAGAAGAUCCCUGCGGAGAAGAGGGAGCUGAAGUUAGCUCGGCUGAGGCAGCUAAUGCAGCGGUCCCUGAGUGAGUCCGACACCGAUUCCAAUACCUCCGAGGACCCCAAGAGCACACCUGUGAGGAAGCCUGACAGGCCCCGGCCGCAGCCCAUCGUGGGGAGCGUGGAGAGUGUGGAUAGCGCCGAAAGCUUGCACCUGAUGAUAAAGAAACACACCUUGGCGUCGGGACGUAGGUUUCCUUUUGGCAUCAAGGCCUCCAAAUCUCUGGAUGGCCAUAGCCCGUCCCCCACCUCAGAGAGCAGCGAACCUGACUUGGAAUCCCAGUGUCCCAGCUCAGGGACCACUCCCCCCAGCCAGCCCUCUGGAGACCCCAUUCAGCCCAGCCCUGACAGCACCACCGCCCAGAAAGUGGCCAUGAGCCCCAAGAGCGCCCUCAAGUCUCCAUCUUCCAAGCGCCGGACCUCCCAGAACUUGAAGCUCAGAGUGACCUUUGAGGAGCCUGUGGUGCAGAUGGAGCAAACUAACCUUGAGGUAAAUGGGGAGAAGGACAGAGAUAAAGGCAGGACCCUCCAGAAGGCCUCCGCAAAUAGCGAAUCGGGGGACCAACUGAAAAGGCCUUUUGGAACCUUCCGGUCUAUCAUGGAGACACUCAGCGGCAACCAGAACAAUAAUAAUAACUCCCAGGCAGCCAACCAGCUGAAGAUGUCCACACUGCCCUUAGCCUCCCUUGGAAGGAAGACAACAGACGCCAAGGGAAAUCCCGUGAGCUCUGCGAGCAAAGGAAAGAAUAAGGCGGAGAUGUACGGCAGCUGCGUCACCCUUUCUUCUAACACGCUGACCGGAGAGCCUCUGCGUAACCAUGCAUGGCAUAAUGACAUCAAUAGAAAAAUGAAGAAAUCCUACAGCAUAAAGCACAAUGCUGAGCCAGAGUCAAAAGAACUCUUCUUGUAAAUCACUUUUUUCUUAUCUCUCAUUGCUGCCCUUUGGACACCAUUGGAAAUUUCUGGACUAUCCACUGUGGAAAUAGAAUCAUGAGAACAAUGCCUCACCAGCAGAAGAACAUAUCAGGAUGCCUUAAAUUUAUAGUAGUAGACUAUAUAAUACACAUUUUGGGGUGAUAUUUGUAUAUAUAACUUGUUUCUAAAGAGAUGCUGUUUAAAAGCAUGAUUUGGGCCAAUGUAUGUUUUUUAAGAUUGGAUUGGUUCAACUUCCCCACACGACGUCCACCAAGCCACUGGUGCCAUCUUGUCUUUCAUCAGUUGCAUGAGUGUUUGCUAAUGUUGAUUGAACUUUCCUUUCCCAGUAAAAUGGGCAGUUUGGGCUCAGCUCCUCAAUGAGAACAGGUCAGUGGUAUUGUUUUCUGUCAAGAAUGUUUUUUCUGUCAUUUCUACUUUUUGUAUAAAGGAAAUAAAGCAAUGGUAACAGCACCUAGAAGCUUGGGGCACCUACUUUCUAAUAAGCCAGUGAUGUUCUGCUUUCUAAGGGACCUUGAGAGUAUUUUGAUUGCUGAUAUUUUAUUUCAGGAACAAACUGCCCGGUUUAGCUAUUUUCCCAUAGGGGUGAAAUAAAACAUUCUAGUUUUCAUUAAGUACUAAAGGAUCAGACAAGUAUAUAAAGUAAGUCAAUUUCUUCUGUCUUCUCAAAUUCCAGCAUUGACAUGAGAAAAUACUAAUGACAGCUAAGGAUUCAGCCCCUGCUUGGGUCACUUUUUCUGUCUAGAACACAUUAUGAGACCUGUCUGAUCCCUUUAGGAGACAGUGUGGAGCCUGAGUUUAUAACAACCGUAUUGUUGAUACAGCUCUUUCAGUCCAUGUAAGCAGUAAGUUCCAGAUGGUUUCGUCCUAUCAUGUAAAAAUAUAUUUCUGUUGAAACUUCAAGAGUUUUAUUUUCAAAGUGUUGGCAUGGCGCAUAAGAGGCCUGUCAAAUUUUAGUUUGGAAGUUGAAUGUGUUCUUACCCGUAAGAGGGAGCCCUGUAUGCUAUUCACAGUUACUAGCAGUGUUACGGCCGUCAAAUGUGGACCGUUCUGCAUCCUCGUGGACACAAGAGGCCAAGGUUCUGAGUUAGGAGGUAAUCUUGCAUAUAUGGGUUAUAUGACAAACUUGGGCUUGACAAGAUGCAAUGAGGUAUAGAAGGACCUAAUAUUCAAGUACCUUUUAGGUACCAGCCACACCUAUGUAGAGAUAUUACUACUACCAUUUUAUAGCAAAGUAAACUUCAGAAAGCUUUAAGUCCUAUGUCCAAAGUAAUACUACUUGUAAAUAGCAGACUUGACUCUGGCCCAGGUUUGCUCAUUAUUCCCACUGGACUAUCCUAUCUGUCUGCAUGAUGCUAUCUCUUUAGUGCGUUACCCACUGGACUGAUACACAGGGAUCAUGAGUUGUGUUGGCUCUACUUCUGGAUGACUCUUGGGUCUUGGGCAAAACAAUGCCUCUUUGAUAAAUCUGGCAAAGGGCGAGACUGGCCUGCAUGCACAUCUAGGAAGUAAGUUCCUUUCGACCUACAGAGCAAUAUCUCUAGGAAUUCAACCAAUUUGUUCUGUCCUUGUUUGGGUCCUCUGAGUUCCAGUUGUUAGAGCCUGGUACCCUGCGUGGUUCUGCGUUGCUCACGUGGUCUUUUCCUCCAAUGAGAUGCCUUAAUCUGAUUUUGGCCCCUUGGCCUCAGAGAUACUCUCCGAUUGUUCACAUUUCAUUGCUGGGUCCUAGUGUUGCAAUUCUAAUAGAGACUAUAUGGCCUCUAUUCACAGUGUGAAGAUUCUCCUGCUUUCUGCUUGGUACAGAAGAGGUGACACUGGCAUCACACAUGAGCCAAGCUUUUGGACUUAGUUCUAGAAUGGGGCUUGCAAGGGAAAGGGACCCAGAGAGUACUCUCUCUGUUCCCCAGAGGCCCCAGCUUUGUUCUUAGAUAGACUGGGUUUUUAAACUUAAAAGUAGAAGCGGGGGGCUGGGCAUUCUGCAGAGCUUUUAUGAACCAGACACAGAGUUCCCAAUUAAAUGCAGCAGAGAAAACCAACAGUUUGAAAGAAAUUGAUGCUACCUUGACCUAGAAAACUGUCAAUUCGAUUGUUUAUUGACGCAAACAUUUCAGACACCAGAAUACUAAGCGCAGAAGAGCAAAGAAUUAAAAAAUUAUUUGAUUCAGAUGAGCCAGACUGCCAAGACUAUACAUUCUGUGUUUAUUGAUGUCGUUAGGACACUAAAAAUGCUGAUCCUUAAAUCACACGUGUCCGCCAUCUUUACCAUCCAAGUUCUUUAUGAAAUGGAUGAAUUUCGCUUGCUUGAAAUAAAUAGAAAUGAUGUGUUCCUUACCACAAGCUCAGUUGUGUGCAGAAUUUAUAAAAUGAAAACACAGACUCUUACUACUUUACAGAAAUGGAGACGCACAUGUUAAAGAAAGAGAGAGUGUGUUUCCUUGAAGUAGGCGGAACUUUGGAGCCCCCCACCCCCUCCCUCCCACUGGGCUAGUAAAAUGAGUAAAGCUCUAUCUGCCUGCCUAAUUACAUGCAGCAGAGCUGGAAACGCAGCCCCACUGGAAAAAAACAAAAACACAAAAACAAAAAAACCCUACAACUCUUUCAGCAUCUGUCAGAGUCUUUUAAAGACAUUGCUGCUUUUAUGUCACUAAAGGGACUCAUUUUGGCAAAGUUCAACACAUCAAACUAAGAACGUUUCUUAGAAAAGAUAACAAGAAACCAAACCCUUCACCACUUUGAAUGGAAUGAAUGCCCAUUCCUUAUUCUCAUAAAACAUUAGUACCAAGACCUCAACUCUAAGAAGAAACUUCUAGAUGUGCAUCUUGGGGUUAGGAGUGGGGAUGAGGACUGUCAAAGUGUAUCUAUCUUCAAGGAAAUUUUGAAAAAUUUUUUUCACAGAGCGAAUAUUUGCAGGUAACAUACCGGAUGGUACAGGAUAGAGGAAAUAACUAUAAAAUACUGAAAUAAUUCCCUGAAAGACUCCUUGAUACGAAAUGGGUUAAAUGUUCUCUCUUCAGGAGCCACCUAGGUGCAUAAUCUGAGUUAAGCUGAUACGGCCAAGUAAGAAUAAGGGAUCCAUGGCAACAGAGUUGAUAUCAUUUCCCCACAUGAAAAUGGAGUUCAUGCUGUCUAUUGCCUUGAAACUCUAAUUUGUUGAUGGGUCUCUCUGUAAGUCCCAUGUCCUCUCCAAUUUUAUUUCCCUUUAUUCUUCAUUGCAUAGUUUAAUGUAACUUUUUGAGUGCCUGAUUCCUGUCUCCUAACAAGACCCUACAUUCGUUGAUCUCCACAAGAAUCUUUGUCACCUUUCAUAGAUGGUGAUUUGUGAAUACCUACUGGCAAUUUUUGUCAAUAGUUUUCAACUUCUGCUACCCUUAUAUCCAUCUUAGUUUCUUCUCGUUUCUUCCCCAUUUUUCUUCCAUCCCUUCUUCUCCUUCUCUUUUUCUCUCUCUCCUUCCCUCCCUUACUCUCUUUCCUCUGCUGACAUCUCCACUCCCCAUUUUUUCCCCUUUGUCUGCACUAGGUUCCCAAGAUCUGGAAACCCUUUGUAUGGGGUUUCCUUGGAAGAAGCCUGGCAAAGGAAUGACAGUAAGUAGAAAUGUGCUGGACCCAUAUUUACGAUGAAAAGUAAAUCUUCUCUCCCUUCUUGGCCACAACGUGUAAAUAGAAUGGCAUCUUUCUAUAUGCUGAUGUGGUCAACAGACUCUGAGCCUAUGCCAAGAAAGGGGCCCUGUGCUAGGCACUCUCUUGGAAUAAAAACCACCCAAAAGUUGGUAUUAACCACAUUGGAGGCUUAUAAGGAUACAUAAGUUCACAAAUUGUGUAUUUUGAGGGACAUGUGCAGAAAAGUACUGUAAUUGGUUCAUAGCUUAGGGUUCUGAAACCUUGCUAUACAUUAGAAUCACCUGCGGGAGCUUUUAGAAAAAUCUGAUGUUCAGGGGCACCUGGGUGGCUCAGUCAGUUAAGCAUCUGACUCUUGAUUUCAGCUCAGGCCAUGAUCUCCGGGUCAUGGGAUCAAGCCCCAUGCUGGGCUCCAUGCUCAGUGCAGAGUCUGCUUGGGAUUCUCCUUCUCCCUCUGCCCUUCCCCCCUGCUAAAAAAAUAAAAAAUAAAAAAUCUGACGUCCAUGCCAAACCAACCCUAUAAUAAAUAAAUUUAACUCUCUGGGUGGAACCCAGACAUCAGUAUUUGUAAAACUUCCCACAAUUCCAAUGAUGCAACCAAGCUUUAAAACCAACGCCUUGCAAUUCAAAGUGUGGCCAGGACACAUUAGCAUUGGCAUCUGCUGAGAGUAUGAGAAACGCAGGAUCAUCUGACAUUGACCAUGACCUCUACUUCUAAUUUUAUGAGGCUAUUGAGACAAUAUUUGAGAAGACGGUUUGACAGAAAAAAGACCCUUCCUCAAGGAGAGGGGAAGAAUGAUGAGCCCCUAAACCUAGAGUCAGAUAUGAAGAGGGUAUUAGGUGUUUUGGGGAAAUAUCACUGGGGUCAUCACACUCUUCUGUUUAGCGUGUCCAUGUGUUCAAUGUGUAUAUAUGGAAAUCCUAUUCCAUACUAUAAUCUCAUAAGCAGAAAGUUCAAAAUCAUAUAAUUAUAGAAAGUGAGGCUUCUUUUCUGGAUGGAAGAGGUAGAAGAGAGCACCACAGUUUUUCAAGGAAGGAUGAGGUCAUUGUGCUUUUUAAAUCAUACUGGGGGUAGCUUUUCCAUUGUUUUUUCUCAAAAGUUCUCGAAAAUCUGGAUGUUUAAAAUCAAAUCAUCAUAAAGCUACCCAUCUGGCAGCGGCAUAAGGGAAGCAAAAGCAGAGUCAAGCAAAGACUAAAACCAUUCCCAGAACCGCUCCUCAACCACCACUGCAGGGGCUUCCCAUAUAUGCCAGCAAGACACACGACUUCAUGAUUUUAUGACGCAGUAUAGUGCUAUAUUGUAUGCCAAAGACGCUCCUUUGUUUACACAACACACACAGACACAAGUGAACGCACACACAGUGAAUGUCUACCAUGUGCACAGCUCUGUCCCAAGCGGCAGAAAGGCAAGCAUAAAUCUAGGCUAAUGAAUGCAUAUUGCUUUUGAUGAAAUGUGGAAAGUCUGCGUUCAACCGGACAAAUUUGGAAAGCCGAGCACUCCAUCACAACAUCUGUUGUGAUGUUGUGCCCAUAGUCGCAUUCAUAUUUUAUGACCGUAUUUCUUUUCUUCCUAUGGAAUCAGUUUCCUGCAGUCGUUCAGCCCAUGAGGAACAAGGAAGGAUGUAAAUUCUAUUACUUGGGGUCGGCCGUGCCAGUCGUCUUCUCAAUAUCCUUUCUCCCUCUCUUCCCAAUUAAGAGAAGCCAGUUAAGUGUUCCCAGGUGAAACGACUUCACCAGACGCCCUGGAAAUUAGGCGUGGUCACGUGAUUCGGUUCUGGCCAAUGAAAAGCCAGUAGAGCUCCCGCAGAGCUUCCGAAAAUGUCGGGGAGGAAGAAGCUUGCGUGGUGUUUAUAUUUUGUGGCUUGUGCUUUCCCCUCUGGGGUAGAGUAGUGACUCUUGUAGCCAUGAGACCAAAAGUUAUGCCAAAAAGGGACGAGAAGAGAAAGAAUCUGGUUCCGUGAAAGCGGCUGCACAGGCUUAUGAUAGGACUGUCCCCCGAAUUAUGUGAGUAAAAUAAGCUCUUUUCAUUGACUGAGUCCCUUGUAUCUGGCUUCUGGUAGGAGCCGGUGGGCAUAGCCUACAGAGUUAAGCGUGUGCUUCCAGGUUAUGGGAAUAAAGCAGCCCGUCGCAAAAGAUAUUCCGCUGACCGUCAGGUCUGGGAGAUAUUUUAGCUGUGCCUCACGUUUAAAGUAUGUUUUGCUAGUUUGGCAAACGGUGCCUAGAAGAUCCCCCGAUAGAUAGUGAUGGACCACCUUCAAAAGUCUGGGACUUAGGGGCGCCUGGGUGGCUCAGUCGUUGGGCGUCUGCCUUGGGCUGGGGUCGUGAUCCCGGCGUUGUGGGAUCGAGCCUUGCCUGCAUAGGCUCCCUGCUCCCUUGGGA